AUGUGUCGACAAAAAAAUUUCGACACAGAACUGAUGAGCCAUAACACAAAAUCUCCAUUCAAACCAAAGCUUCGUAGAUUGAAAACAGAGAUAGAUCACAGAUCUUUAACACCUCCUAAGGUCUAUAUUAAAUCUGAUCCUCUCAUACAAAAGUUACCUCAAAUACCGAAAAAUUUGACCCCUAUAAUUUUCUCAACCAAACAUGAGAAUUUUUCUCCAAACGCGUAUUAUGCAUCCUUCUUCCCUCCAAACUGAAGCCCUAACACAAUAUAAUAUAUAAAAAUGAAUAAACAGCCAUUUUAAUCGACUUUAAUAUAUAUUUUUUAAUAAAUAUUGAAAUACUAUAAGAAUUUGCACUAGACUAUAUAAACAAAUAGCUAUAGAUCACCCUAAAACCCCUAAAACCAACACAAAACACACAAACCACAAAUUCAAUUUUUUCAAAUUCCAGGUCGACACAGCACCCCAGAAAAGCAGAACACGAUCGCUAACUCCUCUUGCACAAAAAUCUUUCACAAAAAGCACUGAUGAUGAGCUGGAAUUUUUAAUUAAUGAAUAUGCUGACGACAAAAAAACGACGUUGGCGUUAAAUAACAUAAUAAAAAACUGGAAGCCGAAAUUUAGCAAACACAGAAGGAUAGAAACGGCUGUAAAAACAAACAGAAAACACAUAAAAAGACAAAUUGAAGAACUUAUGGAACAAAAGAAAAAGUCCAUUGAGAGGAUCAGUGAGUACAUUGAUGGAGUAAUACAAAACAUUAAAUUAGAAUGCUAA